UCUAUUAAGCCCAUUCCAACUGAACGUCAGUGUAAGCUCAGGCGAGGAAGAAAGAUGAGCGCGACGGCGGAGCUGCCGACGAAAGAGGCACACGUGCUUAAAGGCCACGAGGGGGCGGUUUUAGCUGCGAGGUUUAACGGCGACGGAAACUACGCUCUCACUUGCGGCAAGGAUCGAACCAUCCGCCUCUGGAACCCGCACCGUGGAAUCCUAAUCAAGACCUACAAAGCACAUGGCCGUGAAGUCCGCGACGUUCAUGUUACUUCAGACAAUGCCAAAUUUUGUUCAUGUGGGGGUGAUCGACAAGUUUAUUACUGGGAUGUUUCAACCGGACGGGUAAUCCGUAAAUUCCGUGGUCACGAUGGAGAGGUCAAUGCAGUGAAGUUCAAUGAUUCAUCAGCUGUGGUUGUAUCAGCUGGUUUUGAUCGUUCGCUACGUGUAUGGGACUGCAGAUCUCACAGUGUUGAGCCGGUUCAGGUCAUUGAUACGUUUUUGGAUACAGUCAUGUCUGUUGUUUUAACAAAGACUGAGAUUAUUGGUGGUAGUGUCGAUGGAACUGUUCGAACAUUUGACAUGCGUAUCGGUCGGGAGAUGUCGGAUAACUUAGGACAACCGUCAUUUAAAACCGAUUGCUGCCUCACUAAUUCGGAUGCGCAUGUGAUUGGAGGAUCGGAGGAUGGAUUGGUUUACUUUUGGGAUUUGGUAGAUGCAAAAGUGGUUUCGAAAUUUCGAGCUCAUGAUUUAGUGGUGACAAGCGUGAGUUACCACCCGAAGGAAGAUUGUAUGAUGACUUCUUCGGUCGAUGGUACAGUUCGUGUCUGGAAAAAAUGA